GGAGUGGCCCUGUGGGUCCUGUGCGGCUUCCUCCUGCAGCAGGGGCGGGGGGAACGGCCCCCCGGCUCCCACCUGGACGAGACCGCCAUCGCAGUCUAAUGUACCCGUGUUACUGCUCAGAUCCUGGCGCUGCCGUUCCUCUGGUCCCCACAGAGACAGUGUCUCUCCGGGAGAGCUGCAAGGAAUUACCACUCACUGAUGAUAACUUUAAAAAAAUCAGAUAUAGGGUAAAUGUAUAGUUCUUUGUAGGUCAUUGUAAAGCGAGCAGUCUUUUUCCAGAGCUCCUAUCAUCAAAUACAACCGCUUAAUAAAAAAAAACCUGUAUUUUCAUCAGACAGCCAAAGGGAACAGCAGCCUUGGCCCGCUGAGAGUAGGACGUCGCCCCAUCAAAGUCUCUUUCAGGCUGGAGGCUGCACAGAGGGAGUGCAGCCAAGCUGAAGAUGCUCCUUCUCCCUCAACGUGUUCCUGUGUAACGAGGCAAAUGGGUUGUGUGUGCAAUGCAGUGGCCUGAAGAUGAGCACUACAACUCUUUUCCGCUUCUGUGGAUGCCAUAAUAGCUGGUAAAGAGCCCAGAGAGUAAAAGCUGCUAAAACUGUGAUAGUUUGGCUUUGCUGGUGCUUCUCAGAUGCAUAAUGAUCUGCUGCCUUCAAGCAGAAUUCUGCCGCAUUGACAAGCCCUUGUGCCACGACGAAGAUGAGCAGCUCAGCUUCGAAGCCGUCCGCAACAUCCACAAGCAGAUGGACGAUGAUGCCAAUGGCAACGUGGACGUAGAGGAGAGCGAUGAGUUCUUGAGGGAGGACUUGAAUUAUCAUGACCCAACAGUCAAGCACAGCACCUUCCAUGGAGAAGACAAGCUCAUUAGCGUGGAAGAUCUCUGGAAGGCCUGGAAGACUUCUGAAGUGUAUAAUUGGACAGUUGACGAGGUGGUUCAGUGGCUCAUUACCUACGUAGAGCUGCCACAGUACGAAGAGACCUUCAGAAAGUUACAGCUGAGUGGACAUGCCAUGCCCAGGCUAGCAGUGAACAACGCUACCAUGAUGGGAAGUGUUCUGAAAAUGACAGAUCGAAGCCACAGGCAGAAGCUGCAGCUGAAAGCUCUGGACACGGUGCUUUUUGGGCCUCCUCUCUUAACUCGUCACAACCACCUGAAGGACUUCAUGCUGGUGGUGUCCAUUGUCAUCGGAGUGGGUGGCUGCUGGUUUGCCUACAUCCAGAAUCGUUAUUCAAAGGAGCACAUGAAGAAGAUGAUGAAAGACCUCGAGGGACUUCACAGAGCUGAACAGUCUCUCCAUGACCUUCAAGAAAGACUGCAGAAAGCUCAGGAGGAGCAUCGCUCUGUGGAGGUGGAGAAGGUGCACCUAGAGAAGAAACUGCAAGAUGAGAUCAGCAUUGCCAAGCAGGAGGCACACCGGCUCCGAGAACUGCGGGAGGGCACAGAGAAUGAACUGAGCAGGCAGAAAUACGCUGAGCAAGAACUGGAGCAGGUGCGGAUGGCACUCAAGAACGCUGAGAAGGAGCUGGAGUCCCACUGCAGCUGGGCUGCACCAGAGGCCCUGCAGAAGUGGCUCCAGCUGACCCACGAGGUGGAGGUCCAGUACUACAACAUCAAGAAACAGAAUGCGGAGAAGCAGCUGCUGGUGGCCAAGGAGGGGGCUGAAAAAAUCAAAAAGAAGCGAAACACCCUGUUUGGAACAUUUCAUGUUGCUCACAGCUCAUCUCUAGAUGAUGUUGAUCAUAAAAUCUUAACUGCAAAGCAAGCGCUGAGCGAAGUGACGGCUGCGCUGCGGGAGCGCCUGCAUCGCUGGCAGCAGAUAGAGCUGCUCUGCGGCUUCCAGAUCGUCAACAACCCUGGCAUCCACACCCUGGCAUCAGCCCUUAACAUUGACCCCAGCUGGAUGGGCACCCCGCGGCCUAACCCCUCACACUUCAUCAUGACUGAUGACGUGGACGAUUUGGACGAAGAGAUCGUAUCUCCCAUGUCCAUACAAUACGCAGCCUGGCUUUUCGGGCGCAGGUUCAGUGACCGCUCGUCUCUGUCCUCGGAGGAUCAGUCCCUCUGGAAAUACCCUGCUCCUGCCUUGCCCAGCACAGUUCGCCAGCGCCUGGUGGACCCACAGCACGCCCACGGAUCUCAGAGGUUGGUAGAGAGUUAUGUGCAAGGCCAGAAUGAGUCGGGCCAACCUGCCCAUUACUGGGCAGGCAGAGUCUCUCUCCGUCGAAUGCACAGCCUCUCCUCUGGACAGUCUUUCAGUUCCGACCUUCCCGGCACCAGCCCAUCAUCUGCUGCCACCACCACCUCUUCCACCUCUUGCUCCUCAUCCACCACCACUGCAUCUGCUCCUGCUUGCCAUGUCCACCCUAUCUAUUACCAUCACACCACCUCCUCUUAUUUCCUUCAGAUGGACUCCAUCCCUGAUCUACCCCCUCCUGAUGUCACCUCUGGAGUUCGCUGUCGCACUGAAAGCUUUGGAGACUUAACUCACUGCGACUCCGACUCCUCCAUCCCGCACCUGAGCGACCACCAGCGUAUCCCCAGCUCUGCGCCCAAGCUCCUGGCUGCCCGGCCCAACCUGCUGACCAGGUCCAUCGAGGAGGCUGCCCCCGGCCACCCUGCCGUCAGCGCGCCCACCCCCAACGGCGGCAGCAGGCACGCGGAGGCCUCCGCCCUGGGGGCUUUGCCGGACCGGCUGCCCGAGAGCCCCAUGGUGAUGAAGAAGAUGAUGAUGGUGAACCACGGCAUGGAGAAGUCCUCCAGCCUGGGGGAGAUCAGCCACCCGACAGCCGGCAAGCACACCCACUCGGAUUCCUCCCGCUCCCACAGCCCCAGCUCCACCGACCCCGACACCCCCUCCCCCAUCUCUGACUGCCGGCCCGGCAGCGCCAAGAGCACCCGCAUCCCGCAGCUGGCUGCCAAGAAGAGCCCGGGGGACGAGGACAGCAGCUUGACAGGCGAUGAGGUUGACCUCGGCCAGAGCAAGAAAAAGUUCCCCCUAAAGAUCUUCAAGAAGCCCAAGAAGUAGAGAGAGGAGGGGGGGAAGAGGAAACCCACCCAGGAGCGCGACCCACUGGGACCGGGGGGCGGCCGUGCAUCGGGAACGCGGCGCACCCGCCCGUCCCAGACCCUGCGGGCUCGGGUGCUGGCCAGCACCCGCCGCCCUCCCCUCCGCACCCUCCGUUUCUGAGUCGCCUCACCUAACACCGGCAGCGGGAGGAGCUAUUUAAACUUAUUUAUUUCCUGAUCUCUGAGAAAAAAAAAAAAAAAAAAAUGACGACGACCGCUCCCCCCAAAGAGAACAGCCGCCCUUUCUCCCCUUCCGGCUGCUGCAGUCCCUGGCUUUGCUGUGCAUGGCUUCCAGUUACUCCUGCCUCUGCUCAGCCACACGGCAUUUGGGUUUGGUUUCAACGUGGUUUUAUUUUUUUAUUUUAUUUUUUAUUAUUAUUAAUUUUUUUUUUCCGGUUCCUCUGCCUUUUCCAACUUUUGCACAGGCUGUAUGGAAGGUCGGGGUGGUGGGAGCCCGCUGGGGAGCGGGGCCGGCUGCUCCCCGAGGAGGCAGCACGCUCCCCGCUCGGCUCUCGGGGUGACUCAGGUGCGAGCGUUCGGGCGAGCUGCCUCGCGGAUGUCGCAGCGGUUCUCUCCUCAUUUCUGUGAGUCACUUUUCUACACCCCGGCCCCCGUCGCUAUGACGGUUGGGAGGGGGAAUCCCUGUUUGUGCGCUCUUGAUAAGCAAGAGCAAGUUAAAUGCCCUCGCGAGGGAGGGCUCUGCCCUUGCCGGUACUCGUGCAUCCAGGAGCUCUGCCCGCAGCGUGCCCUCAACCCGCUUCCCGCUUGCGCCGGAGGCGGCUGCAGCCCGCUGGGUUUCCCCAGUGGGACGGGGCUGCCCACCCAGCUGCUCUGCCCCGCCGGACACGGCGCUGCCGGAGGCGUGCACUGGGCUGGGAGCUGCUGCCGGAGCAGCACCGGUGUCUGUACGUGGCAGUGGGGUGGGUUGGAUGCUGGGCCGGCUGCUCCGGCACGGAGAAGCCCACGGCUGCCCCCGUCUUUACUCCCCCCCAGGCCCCUGGACGUGCUGGGGGGAGCAGGGCUGGAGGCAGCUCCUCCGAACCCAGAUACGUCCCGGGGGGCACGGCUCAGUGGGGCGAGGAGCGGGGACCCCGGUGCUGGAGGAGCACCGAGGGAUGUUGGGUGCAGAGCCGGGUCCAGCCACCGCGUCCACACAAAGAGGAGGGGGGGUCCCGGCUGCGCGGCCGUCCCCUGUCCCCGUGUCCCGGUUUGGCAGAGCCAGAGGGAGGGAGCGGGGCACAGCGGGAUUGGUCGGGCACAGGCAGGCUAUACGUGGGUGGCAGGAGCCUGAAAAUGUCCUCCCUCUCUCCUGGCUCCAUCUCCCUGAAGCACGCUCGCCCUCAGGUCGGGUGCCGGGGGCUCUGCACCCUCCCCCAGCACCCAGGGGACGGAGGAGGCUCACCCGGGCACCCGCUGCCUUCGAAGUCCGUGCGGGCAGCGUCCUCCCUGCCCCGAGGCCACGCUCGCUCCAGCCGGAGGCUGGGGUCUGCCUGGCCGUGCCAGCCCGUGGCCCGUGCCCUGCCGCCCUUCGGUGCCGGCACAGCCUGCGGCCGGUCUCGGUCCGUCCCAGGCCGCUGCCCGGGGCUCGGCGGCUCUUCCCGUCCUCUGUCGGCAGGCUGCGGGUUGCAUCCUGCUGCUCGGAGCCCUCACCUUGGUGCGCUUCCACCAUCGCGGCCCUGGCCGCUGACGGGGAGUCCCCGGCUCGGGGCAGCGACGGUGGGACGAGCCCUGCUCCAUCCGAGGGCUGAGCCCGUCCCCGGGGGUGACCCCAUCCCCAGGGAUGAACCUCGCUCCGUCCCACGGCCAAGCCCUGCUCCCCCCAGGCACAGCCCCGCAGCCCCCCGCGCCGGGGCUGGCAGAGGAGCCCCCGGCCGCCCUCCCGCAUCCCUCGAGGCUGCUGCCUGGCACGACACGACCCCCCUGAGCUCUCCACCAAACCCGGGCUCCCUGCCCCAGCUGCCCCCUCCGUCCCAAGCCCCCCCCCAGUGCCACCGUCCGACACGUCCCCGGAGGUGGGCUGCUGCCCGAGGUCAUCCUGGCUGCUUUGCUUGCCGUGGGCAGAGGAGGAUGCACAUCUGGCAGGGGAAGAAGAGGAGGCAGGGCGGGAUGCUGAAAGCCCCCCGGGGCCUUGCUUUAUGCCAGAGUAAUAUAUAUGUGUAUGUUGACAAUACAGGAAGGGCUAUAAAGGUGUUUUUUGUUUCGUAGGUGGUAGUUAGACAAUUACACUGUUGCUUUGAGAUAAGUGAAAAAUUCCUCUAAAUGACUAAGUGCCUGCAUUUCCCCGCGGCUGCUCCGAGGUGCGGGGCGGGGGGGGGGACAUGCCGCGCUCGGCCCCCGUGGUGGGGGCUGCUGCCAUGGGCACCCCGCCGCCGUGGGCAGGACGUGCUCGGAGCGGCUCGGCCACCCCCCGGGAGCGGGGCCGGCGGCGGUGGGACCCCGUGGGCACCCUGCGAGCAGGGGCUGCCCGGGCUGGAGCCGGGGGCCCAGUGGCACUGCUUGUGGUGGCGGAGACCUGUUGAUGCUUCUGGAGAAGGGGUUGGGGAUCCACCAAACGGCAACUGUUGACGCAUCUGCCAACUCUUGAUAUUUUUUUUUUUUUUUUUUUUGGUCAUUUCAUAAAACUUUUAAAUCCAAUAAAGCAUGUAGUCUAUUUUA